CCACCUCAGUGCAAAGCUCCACACACACAAACUGAGCUGGACACUUGAUCAGUUUAGCUCUCUUGCUCCUCUAGCUGACCACUCUACUAUACACACACAUAUAUACUUUUUUCUUGGUGUAUUAGUAAGCACACCUCAUCGACAUCAAUGGCCACCGUAGAGGUUGAGACCCCGACCACCGUGCUGGCCGAGGAGGCGCCAGUGGAGGCGACGCCGGCGGCCGCCGCCGCCGAGGUGGAGGCGCCGAAGGAGGAGACGCCGGCGGCGCCGGCCGAGGCUGUGGCCGAGGAGGCGGCGCCCGCCGAGGCCGAGGUGGCGGAGACCAAGGAGGCGGAGCCAGCUGCGGCCGAGCCGGCGGCGGAGGAGGUGAAGGAGGCCGAGCCCGAGCCGGCCGAGCCGGAGGCCGAGCCUGCCAAGGAGGAGGUGGCGCCAGAGCCCGCCGCCGCCGCCGAGGCGGAGGCCAAGGAGGCCGAGCCGGCGGCGCAGGUGGCCGAGGAGGUGAAGGAGGAGGAGGCGGCGCCGGCGCCGGCCGCCGAGGAGGUGAAGGUGGAGGAGGCGGCGCCGGUCGCGGAGCCGGAGGCCGAGAAGGCCAGCGAGUGAGUGCAUGCCGGGGAAGGCUGGCUCGCCGUCGUCGUACACCGUGGAGUACAUGCAUGGCCCGCGCGCGCCGCCGCCGCCGGCGACUCGCCGGAGUUGUACGUACGUGUGCGUGUAGCGAGUGAUGAGUUGAGUGAGCUGGAGUGGUAGUACUCGACUCCGUAGGUGUGUGUGGGUACGCGUGACGUGGGGCUAAAUAAAAGAGUUUGUCAUCGAGGGCGGUGGGGCCCAGCGUCAGUGACGCGGUGCCCCUCUCUGGCCCCCACAUGCCUCCGUCGUCGCAGGCGUUGUUUGUCGGUCUUUUGUGCUUUUUUUUUUUCGUGUUUGAUUGGUUUUCAUCGUGUAAUGGGUGCGUUUCUGAGAGUACAUUGUCUGUCUCUAUGUGUGUGCGAUCUCAGCCGUUCAUGGCCGUGUGCCAACCAUUUCUCGCCGUCGGUGAACCUACCGUCUUGUGUGUUGUUGUUUUGAUCGGUUCGUCGUGUAUAUAUGGGUGUGUCACGUUCUGAGAGUA